GGUACAGCUGGCAGCAGCUAGUCUCAACUAGUCUGUGGACCUUGCUCAUCAUGGGCUAUGGUUAGCAAUACGCCCAGAAUAUGCUGUCGGACAGUGUCCAGUCAUAUAGGACGCAUUACACUUCGCGAAUAGGCCGACCAUAACUGCUGAACUGAUAAAGCGCUUGGCACUUCAGGCCUCAGGUAUCGGCAGCUGACGCCCGCCUCCCCGCCGUACAACACUUACAACACACAUCGUUAGUGAUCAUCGUUACCUGAUACCAUCCCAACGCGCCUCGUUUCCUACUUGUUCAUUGAUUUUCAUUGUGACUUAUCAGAAAAUUGACCCUGCUUCGACCGGUUGUCCUGAUUUUAGGGGACAAUGCGCAUGUUGCUACGAGACCGCUCCGCACCCCAUACGACACGGGCCUACGAGCAUAUAUAGAGAAAGGCAGGGGAGCAAGUACACCAUCCCCUUUUCUUUCCGUUCACACCAGUGCCUCUUGACGAGGACAGCUGCUUGCAGCGAGCUAUCGAGGAUACCUGGCUGGCCAUCCACCCGUUCUUCAGCUUUCGUCUCUUUUUUGACAUUAGUCGCCCCGGAAGACGCGUCUGCCCAAGUCUCUAGCUCUCCUUCCACGAAGCCGAUUCGUCACGAUGUUCUCCAAGCUCUACCUUGUUGCCGCGCUCCUUCUCGGGGCCAUCUCCCUCCGGGCAAAUGCGCACACCGGCAUCACACCUGCGCUCGGUGUGAGUGGGCAAUUCGCGCGCAGCGACGUUCAGAGGCCAUCAACGGCGAAUGAGUGUGGCAACGUCAACGUUGCAAACACUAUCAACACCUCGACUCCUGUCCAAGCCGCCGCGAACGGUACUUUCACUGUCACCGCCACCAACUUCAAUGCGUGAGUGCCUUGGUCAUUAC